UGCACACUCAUCAAUAUUUCCCAUCUUUUCAUCCACUUGCAUGCUUGUGAAAGUAGGUUAUAAAUGUGGAAGGACAUAAAGAAUACCGAUCACAUAUCACGUUCAGAGAUAUAGUUGAGCUCUUGGUAAGAAAAAUAAUAUAUUAUAUCAUCGCUCCUUCUGCUUAUAAUAUCACCUCAUCUGCACGGCCAUGGAGGAGGUGAACCAGAGAGCAAAGGCAAUAGUGGCAUCAGCAGCAUGGGUGGUAUGUUGGGGGCUUUUCACAGUGUGUGAUGUAGGCAGUGCAGAGAGACUCCUGAGAGCAACCGAGCCAGGAUGUUUGGUCGAGAAAGAAAUGGGACUCGGUUUUGCGGUCAGAAUGCUGCAUUUCUUCUGGCAGAGUGGAAAAUCUUCUUAUGAACAUGUUUGGCCAGAGAUGGAGUUCAGUUGGAGACUGGCUGUCGGAUCAGUAAUUGGAUUCUUUGGUGCGGCAUUAGGGAGCGUUGGAGGGGUUGGAGGUGGAGGAAUUUUUGUACCAAUGCUUACUUUGAUCAUCGGUUUCGAUCCAAAGUCUUCUACAGCCAUUUCUAAAUGUAUGAUAAUGGGUGCAGCAGGGUCAACAGUGUACUACAAUCUAAGACUAAGACACCCAACAUUAGACAUGCCCCUAAUCGACUAUGACCUCGCAUUACUCUUCCAGCCCAUGCUCAUGCUUGGUAUCAGCAUUGGCGUUGCCUUCAAUGUAAUAUUUGCCGACUGGAUGGUCACUGUUCUUCUCAUCCUCCUUUUUCUAGGUACAUCAACUAAAGCGUUACUCAAAGGAAUAGAUACAUGGAAGAAAGAGACUAUGAUGAAGACGGAAGCGGCCAAGGUGUUGGAAUCGGAAUCCAAACAAGAUGGAUCAGGAGAGGAAUACAAACCACUAGCCAGUGGUCCAGCUGCUUCGGCAGAUGGUGAGGUUUCCCUACUAUACAAUAUCCAAUGGAAAGAGUUAGGACUACUAGUAUUCGUUUGGGUAGCUUUCCUCAUAGUUCAGAUCAUGAAAACAUACACAGUAACCUGCUCUGUCAAAUACUGGAUUUUGAACUCCUUGCAGGUACCUAUUGCUGUCUCAGUAUCGCUUUAUGAAGCCAUGUGCUUGUACAAAGGCACUAGGGUGAUUACAUCUAAGGGCAAGGAAAUCACAAACUGGAAGGCACAUAUGCUUUUUCUUUACUGUUGCUGCGGAAUAAUAGCUGGUGUAGUAGGUGGAUUGCUUGGUCUAGGAGGAGGCUUCAUCCUAGGGCCCCUUUUCCUGGAAUUGGGAAUUCCUCCUCAGGUAGCAAGUGCAACAUCAACCUUUGCAAUGGUCUUUUCUUCCUCUAUGUCAGUUGUACAAUACUACGUUCUGAAACGUUUUCCAGUCCCAUAUGGUAACAUCAUACUUGUACAUCACAUAUGCAGCUACUUAUUUUGUUCUAGUUGCUACAAUUGCUGCCUUUACUGGUCAGCAUGUAGUAAGGAGGGUUAUAGCACUACUUGGAAGAGCAUCCAUAAUCAUCUUCAUACUUUCUCUGACAAUCUUUGUGAGCGCGAUCAGUUUAGGUGGGGUGGGAAUAGCAAAUAUGAUCCAGAAGCUGGAGAAUCAAGAAUACAUGGGGUUUGAUAAUUUGUGCAACCAGUCUUAAAUAUCCUUUUAUCAAAUAUGGCAAUGGAAUUCAUCCAUCAAAGUAACUACAUCCUUGUAUUCAAGUACACUAGCAUAUGCAUGGGCCUGAAGGCAUGGAUUAAUGAUUUUCCUAUUCCAUUUGGAUUCCAGUGUUUGUGAGUUCAAAACGAUAUGGAAAUUUAUUUUGGGGCUAUAGAGUAUUAAAAUAGAAAGCA